UAGGUACACUGAUGGAUACGAUGUGGCGACAUUGUUCUCUAAAAACAACUGCUGUCUACGGACGUAAACUUGUUGGAAAUUUGUAGUUUUGAAAGAUUUGAAACUUAAAUUGUCUUACAAUGUCUAGCAAAGAUAAAAUAAACGUAUUUCCUUCUAGAAUGGCCUUAACCAUCAUGAAAGGCCGGCUGAAAGGUGCACAAAAAGGUCACUCAUUACUAAAAAAGAAAGCAGAUGCAUUAACAUUGCGGUUUAGGAACAUCCUAAAAGACAUUAUAGAGACUAAAACUGUGAUGGGUGAAAUCAUGAGAGAAGCUCAAUUCUCUUUGGCCGAAGCAAAUUUUGCUGCUGGAGAUUUUAGUUAUGGAGUUCUUGAAAAUGUUGACAAGGCUCAAACUAAAGUUCGUGCCAGAAAUGAAAAUGUUGCAGGUGUAACUCUGCCUCUCUUUGAAGCAACCUCUGAUGGUGCCAGUGCAUAUGAACUGACUGGUUUAUCUCGUGGUGGACAACAAGUGAACAAUUGUAAAGAGGUUUUUGCUAAAGCAGUUAAUCUUUUGGUAGAACUUGCAUCAUUACAGACAUCAUUUAUCACUCUUGAUGAGGCAAUAAAGAUAACAAAUCGUCGAGUGAAUGCUAUUGAACAUGUGAUAAUCCCCCGAAUUCAAGCGACCAUAUCAUACAUAAACACUGAAUUAGAUGAACGCGACAGAGAGGAGUUCUUCAGAUUAAAAAAGAUUCAGGAGAAGAAAAAAAUAAGAAAAGCAAAGGAAGAAGCUGAGAAGUUAGCUAUAGGAUUAACAAAAAAAUCCGGUGGUGCUAUUCCAAACCUUCUUGAAGACAGCCGUGAUGAAGAUCUUCUGUUUGAGUGAUUUUUUUCCAAAUCAACACAAUCUUUGGGAUAAGUGAAAAUAUUCAAUAAUAAUUAUGCUAAUUAUUGUUGUGAUUUAGCAAAUUUAUGGAUAAGUGGACUAAUUAGGUUUUAAAAAAACGAGGUCAUCGAAUAAUAACGUUGAUUAGGUUCACGAAGAUGGGAAAUGAUAUUUGAAAUUGGCAAUGAUUUAUGGAUGUUCUGCCGUAUUUUGCUAAAUUGCAAUGCCAACAAAUCUUUAACAAUAUAUACCACCUUAUUACAAUGACAUUGGAAUCAAAGUAACGAGUGUAUCGUCGAUUUUUUUCUUAAUAUCAACUCGUUAUCAUGCUUUAUUUUCGAUCAAAUUACUGAAUACUAUGGUCAUCAAUAUCUUAGAAAGCAUUGACUGAUUAUCAUCGAUAUCUUAUAAACCAUUGACUGAUUAUCAUCGAUAUCUUAUAAACCAUUGACUGAUUAUCAUCGAUAUCUUAUAAACCAUUGACUGAUUAUCAUCGAUAUCUUAUAAACCAUUGACUGAUUAUCAUCGAUAUCUUAUAAACCAUUGACUGAUUAUCAUCGAUAUCUUAUAAACCAUUGACUGAUUAUCAUCGAUAUCUUAUAAACCAUUGACUGAUUAUCAUCGAUAUCUUAUAAACCAUUGACUGAUUAUCAUCGAUAUCUUAUAAACCAUUGACUGAUUAUCAAUGUUAUCCUAAAAGAACAUUGAUUGAUAUGUGAUAACCAGAAAAACAAAAGAAAUAGCACGCCUACUAUAUUUUCAAAUUUAUAUAGUGCUAGAACAUUGUACAGUAAGACCUAGUAAGAGUGAAACUUACUUAUAACUUUAAUAUACAACAGUCCAGAGCGUCAGAAAACCUUUUUCUAGCGUAUUAAUACACCCUCCUUGGAAAAUUUGCAUCCUUCAUGUCUAUUGGCGUAAAGAGCUAGCAAAUUUGGUCCUGUUAUGUAAAGUUUUCUCUGUUCAAUCAAUGUAAAAUCAAUAUAUUUUUAUGAUUAUAAUCUGAAAUUUACCUACAGGAGAAGUAAACAUGCAGGCUGACUACCCCACUGCUCAUAUCAAUUAAUCCAUCACUGGUUUCAUGUGAGCCUAUCGACUAAACAGCGAACAAUUAUCUUGUGAUGAAAAAUCGUCUUUCGCUUUUGUUUUGAGGUGAACAACUUUUCUACAUGCGAUCUUUACAGUUUUUGCAGGUGGCACCUCCAUCUGUGACUGGUUCAAUUAGAUCACUCCUGCUUUUGUUCAUUUUGAGUCAACGAACAUUUACUAUAUCUCGUGGUUAUCAAAUUUCAAAGGUUAUGGCUUUCUCAACCCUACCUAUCUUCUGCGUUUUUGUGAUAUUAAUUUCACUCGUACGGUCAGAACUGAAAUGUGAAGACAAGACAAAGUCAUGUGAUAAAUGGGCAAACACGAAGAAAUUAUGUGAUGAGAAUCCUAAGUAUAAGAAGCAGCGUUUCUAUGUCUCGAUGUCAAAACUCUGCAAAAAAACUUGUUUGAUGUGUGGUGAUGACGAUGCCACUCUCUUUGACGGUGACUCACGUUGUCACACAUAUUUUAAAAAAGGAUAUUGUGAAAUGAGACCUCAUCAAGGAUUCAUGUUAAAACGCUGUAAAUAUAGUUGUCGUAAUACAAUACGUAGUGGUAUUAUGUCGCCUGGUCGUGGCAACUUUCACAGAAACACCCCCCCUGCUAAAGUAAAGCAGCAUAAUAAUGGGAACUGGGUCAACAGCAAGUGAAUUCGGAUUACUCUCAGCAGCAACAGUAUCCUGCACAGCAGCAACAACAUCCUGCACAGCAGCAACAGUAUCCUGCACAGCAGCAACAAUAUUUUCCUCAGCACCAGUUUGCACAGCAACAUAUGCAGCAAUAUCCUCAGGGUAGUCAACAAUAUGACAUGAAUUUUGGUCAGCAACAGGCUAAUCAACAGCAUGCGCAGAAUUUUGGUCAGCAACAGGCUAAUCAACAGCAAGCGCAGAAUUUUGGUCAGCAACAGGCUGAUCAACAGCAAGCGCAGAACUUUGGUCAGCAGCAAUACAAUCAACAGCAAAUACAGAACUAUGGCCAACAACCAUAUCAACAAGGACAAUACAGCCUGCAAAAUGAUCAGCAGCAAUAUGGAAAUCAAGUGGCAAACUCUGGUGUGCAACAAGCACAGCAACAAACUGCAAGUCUACCACAGCAGGACGUCUCUAGCCAAUCUCCUGGAGAUGUACCUGUCCAGCUUCAAGAUUUGACCAACACUGCAAGACGACGUAAAGUAGAGAAAUCCAAAGGAAAACAUGUGACACAUCAUGACGCUGCUGAUGAUGCAGAUGAUGACGUGAAUUAACCGUUGUGAUGUCGUUGUUAUUACCUUAGUGAUGACGUGGGUAUUUAUUGUGACGUUUUUAUAUGUUGUCGAGUGAGGACGUGUCAUUCAUCAUUAACUUUACGAUCAAACUUUGUAAAUAUGCGUAAUUAUCAAUAAACCGAAACGCUUGCGAUGAAAA